CAAAGAAAGAUUGAUAGAACAUAGGAGGAGAGAAGCUUAAGAGUGAACAAUAACGGAGGAUAAAGACCGAGAGAGGAAGACCGAGAGGGACGCUCACAGGCUUUCAGACUCCAGGAGACACAGAGUGAGAGAGUGUGAGAGAGUCGCCAUUUCAAAAAUGACUUUUGAGGAGGAUCACUGAACACUGCACUAGGGAUUAUUCUGCCAAAAUCUAAGAAAGCAGGAGAGCUUUAGACACCACUACCCCACCCUAACUCAGCUCAUCUCAGAUGGAGGUUGAUGCAGCUGAGAAGCGCCAUCGAACGCGUUCAAAAGGUGUGCGAGUUGCCGUGGAGACUGCAGCACAGGAGCUGUUCAGCUGUCCCACACCAGGAUGUGACGGAAGCGGACACGUGAGAGGCAAAUAUGCCAGACACAGGAGUGUUUAUGGAUGCCCAUUGGCCAAGAAAAGAAAAGGGCAGGAGAAACCUCCACAGGAGCCAGAUACUAAACGGCGGCCGUAUUUAGCCAUGGCUGAUGGAGACCCAGUCAUGUACCAGCCCUAUGAGCCAAACGCUUUGGUUGAGGGGGAGGUGAGAGAACAGGAUGACUUGGAGGAGGAUGUAGAGGAAGAAGGUGAUGAAGGAGAUGACGAUGAAGAAGAAUGCUCUGAGGACAACGAGGAGGUGGGUGUGGAGGAAGAAGAGGAUGAGGAAGAGGAGGAAAGAAAGGCAGAAAGAGAGGCAGCAGAGGAAGCGGAACAGAUGGACGAAGAUGUGGAGGAAGAAGAGGACAUGGUGGAACAGGAUGAAGAUGAACAAGAGGGAGAUGGUGAUCAAGAAGACGAAGAUGAAGACGAACACGAUGAAGAGGAAGAAUAUGAAAAUCUGACUCAUCAUCAAGACAAUAGCUUUUCCAAUUGUGGACAAUCAAAGCUGGCGCAGAUGUUUGAAAAAGACGGCAACAACAAUACCAACAUGAAUAAUGAAGACUACGAAAACUAUGACGAGCUUGUAGCAAAGUCCCUGUUAAACCUGGGCAAAAUAGCAGAGGAUGCUGCAUAUCAGGCUAUGACCGAGUCAGAGAUGAACAGCAGCUCGUCCAACAGUGCAGGUGAAGAUGAGGAUGAGGAUGAAGAUGAAGGCACUGACAAUGAGGACCAUAAAGGCAAGUUAAGUGUUGACCUUGACAGUGAUGUGGUACGGGAGACAGUGGACUCUCUGAAGUUGCUGGCACAAGGCCAUGGUGCUGUGUUGCCAGAUGAAGGCUACCCCGAGCUCGCUUCCGGCCAAGAGCCCCAUAAUUGCCAGGCUGACGAGAAUGAGGAGGGGGUGUGUCUGAGCAGUCUGGAGUGUCUGAGGAACCAGUGUUUCGAUCUUGCCCGCAAGCUCAAUGAGACGCAGCCACCUGAGCACCAGAUGAUGCAGCACCACAUGGAGCAGCAGCACCACCAUAUCCAGAUGCAUCACCUUGCACACUACAACAGUUGCCAACAGUUCCCGAUGGACCCACAGAGACCCCUGGAAAGGAGCUACUCUGACAUGGUAAACCUGAUGAAGCUUGACGAGCAACUAAGCCCAGAGUCCAGGGGCUACCCAUCUAGCUGCGCCCAGGAAGGGGAUGAGGACACCACAUCGGUAGCAUCAGAGCGCUCAGAUGACGUGUUUGACAUCACCAAGGGCAACCUGUCACUACUGGAGAAGGCAAUUGCACUAGAGUCAGAACGGGCCAAGGUAAUGCGUGAUAGAAUGGUGUCGGAGCAGGCACUUGCACGGAGGGAUCAUCAGCGAUUGCAUGGGGAGCACAGCCCCAGGCAGAGCAGUGGAGCAGAGGAGCGCAGAGCCAGACUUCAUCAUGAUGGGGCAAAGAGAGCCUAUUAUCCUAAAGAUUCCUCCAGAGGGGAGAAAAAAGAGAGUAAGUGCCCAACCCCAGGUUGUGAUGGCACCGGGCAUGUGACCGGCCUGUAUCCGCACCAUCGAAGUCUAUCUGGCUGCCCUCACAAAGAUCGUGUACCACCAGAAAUACUAGCAAUGCAUGAGAAUGUUCUAAAGUGCCCGACGCCUGGCUGCUCAGGACGUGGCCAUGUUAAUAGCAACAGGAACUCACACCGCAGUCUCUCAGGAUGCCCCAUAGCUGCUGCUGAGAAGAUUGCUAAAGUUCAGGAGAAGCACCAUACCAGUGAUGGGAUCAAGUCCAACCAAGCAUCUGAUCGUGUGCUGAGGCCUAUGUGCUUUGUGAAACAGCUGGAAAUCCCACAGUACGGUUACAAAAACAAUGUGCCCACCACCACACCCCGUUCCAACCUGGCCAAGGAGCUGGAGAAGUACUCCAAGACCAGCUUUGACUAUGGAGGCAGCUAUGACAACCAUCCACAUGGGUACAACAAGCGGUCCCUCAGCCAGAAGAAUCACGGGCGGGACAUGUCACCCAGAGGAUACGAUGACUCAUUUGCUAUGAGCAUUCAUCAUGGAACAUCAGAGCAUCCAAUGAGCGAGUCUUCCAAACGUUACUGUAAAACCUCGAGUCCAGCUAGCAGUACGACGAGCAGCUAUGCUCCCAGUAGCAGCGGCAGCAGCCUGAGCUGUGGGGGAGGAAGAGAAGGGCAAGGAGGAGGAGGAGGAGGAAGCAGUGCCAGCAGUACCUGCAGCAAGAGCAGCUUUGACUACACACAAGAUAUAGAAGCCGCUCACAUGGCCGCCACGGCCAUCCUCAACCUGUCCACACGCUGCCGGGAGCUUCCUCAGAGCCUGAACGCCAAAGCACCUGAACUCCUGGCACAGAGUCCUGAAGAGCAGGAGGUGGAGGAGAGCGGAACUCUGGAUCUAAGUGUGGGUCGGGCAGGGGGCAUGGGUGAGGGCACGGUGCUCACGCCACUGCAGCCCAUGUCCCCUCAGCGCCAGGCAUUACUCAACAGCCGCUGCUACCAGAUGAGUCCAGACUGCUGGGACCUGCCGGUGGACUACACCAAGAUUAAGAGCCUGAGCGAGGACCAUAAAGAGGAUGAUUUAGACCCUUUCCAGGAGCUUCUGGAGAAUCAGCAGUACACGGGUGAAGUGUCCCUCCCUAGUCCCAAACACAAAUAUGCCUCCUGCAAAGAGAGCAAGAAAGAACUAUUAACGCUCUCCAGCUGCCAAUUAGCUGAUAAAGGCAUACGUGGUAUGAUGACAGCCAACUCCCAAGAUCUAAAAUGUCCUACUCCAGGUUGUGAUGGAUCUGGGCACAUAACGGGCAACUAUGCCUCACACAGAAGUUUGUCAGGCUGUCCCCGAGCAAAGAAGAGUGGAAUCAAGAUCAUGCACAGCAAAGAGGACAAGGAUGACCAGGAGCCAAUUAAGUGUCCGGUGCCUGGAUGUGAUGGUCAGGGUCAUGUAACAGGAAAGUAUGCAUCUCAUCGCAGUGCGUCUGGUUGCCCUCUGGCUGCCAAGCGUCAAAAGGACGGCUUUGUAAAUGGAGCUCCAUUCCCCUGGAAAUCUGGAAAAACGGAUGGCAUGACAUGCCCUACACCCGGCUGUGAUGGCUCGGGUCAUGUCAGCGGCAGCUUUCUCACCCAUAGAAGUCUCUCUGGCUGUCCUCUUGCCACUUCAGCUAUGAAGAAAGCUCGGAUGACUGGGGUUGAAAUGCUUACAAUCAAGCAGCGUGCUAGCAAAGGGAUUGAAAAUGAUGAGGAAAUUAAACAGCUGGAUGAAGAAAUCAAAGACCUUAAUGAAUCAAACAAUCAAGUGGAGUCAGACAUGAUUAAACUUCGGACUCAAAUCACCACCAUGGAGACCAACCUUAAGUCCAUGGAGGAGGAGAAUAAGGUUAUCGAGCAGCAGAAUGACUCACUGCUGCAUGAGCUGGCCAACCUAAGCCAGUCGCUCAUCAACAGCCUGGCCAACAUCCAGCUCCCUCAUAUGAAACCAGUGCCACUGAAAGAGGCCCCUGUUAAAAAUUACUGCUGUUUACAGAUGCCCCACAGAGAGCCAAUGAACGAGCAUAACUUUGAUAGUUACGUGAGCACUUUGACAGAUAUGUACACUCAUCAGGACCAGUACCAGAGCCCUGAGAAUAAAGCCCUGCUGGAGAACAUCAAGCAAGCUGUGCAGGGUAUCCAAGUGUAGCUCCCCAAGCCACUGCCUCGUUUAACUAUAGGUCUGCAGAAGCAAGUGUUACUGAGCAAAACGAAGGAAAC